CGACGACGUCACUUUCUGGAUAUUGGGGAUUUCCCAGCAUCGACGUCACGGCGGGGUGACGUCACGCGGCUCACUUCCUCAACCGCUGUCGAGAGUUGAAGUAAUCGACCGCCGCCUCCUCCUCCGCCGUCGUCGUUGUUGUCAAGCAGCAGCAGCAGCAAGAAGAAGAAGCGAGAGGAAAGCCAUGAUCUAUCCACUGCUGGGGUAGCGACACGGCCGUCUUCGCCUCGGGCACGUAACGCGGACGUUGGUGGUCUUUUGAUGACUCGCCAUGGAGGAGGGUGGCGAGUUUCUGCUGGACCCUAAGGACUUUGUAAAGAAACAAUCGUUGGGCUCAGGGCGGUAUGGCGAAGUGCAUAAGUGUACACACCCGUAUUUCGGGAUUGUGGCCAUCAAGCAGGUGUUCAGCGGAAUGGGGUCAUCCAGCCAGCAUAUGCAAUUGGCGAGCCUCAAGGAUGAGGCUAAGAUCUUGCGGAAGCUGAAAAACCCGUGCAUUGUUGAGCUGUUUGGCGUCAUUCUACAAGAGGAUAACUACUCCCUCGUUUUGGAGUACAUGUGCCAUGGAAAUUUGGUGGACUUUCUGCAUAAAGGGAAGGAAAACGUUCCAUGGUGCCUUCGUGCUCGGAUCAUGCUGGAAGUGAUUGAGGGCAUGCUGUACGUACACAGCCAAAAGAUUAUUCACCAGGAUCUCAAGCCUGAAAAUGUGUUGGUGAAUGGCGAUUUCCAUGCAAAAAUAGCGGAUUUUGGAGUGUCCAUUUGUAAAACCUGGUCACGACUUGGCAAAGAAGAGCAGACCAGGAGAAACACCGUCUCUGGUGAGAAAAAGAAGAAGCUGGGAAUGGGCACAGCGGCGUACAUGGCCCCAGAAAGGUUCAACAACGUCAACCUUCAGGCAAACGAGAAGACCGACGUCUACAGCUUCGCAAUCCUCACCUGGGUCAUCAUCACCCAAAAGGAGCCGUACCAACAUUUGCAAUGUGGGGAUCAGACUACUUACGACGUGCUGAAGAAUUGCACCGAGAAAAACCAACGACCUGACAUGAAUCUGGUACCGCCCCGUUCCCCUCACUGUAUAAUCAAACUAAUGGAGUCGUGCUGGAACCAGCGCCCUGAAGAACGGCCGAGUUUCUCAGAGUGCAAAAAAAUAUUUGAGCCUCUUUAUAAUAGUUAUGAAGAAGAGAUACCUGCUGCCGUGACACAAAUGAAGAUGCAGCUGGGUGAGGAGCCGACGAUGUCAGACCAGCACCAUGACAUUCCACCACAAUCUUUAAUCAAGUCGCAGUCCGAUGAGCUUUUGGGCAGUGCUUCCAGCAACAGGAGCCUCCAGGACUUGGGUCCCAAGACGCUCGUGGUCGACGACAGCCUCCUUGUCGCAGACUGCGGCACAAUACCUACAGAGAGUGAAGAGCCGCGGAUUUCCUGCUCAUCUGAAGAUGAACACACAUUGACAAAACUCCAAGAUGAACGAGACUACCAUGAAAAAAAUAUUUCCACGAACCAACAUCUUCCCAUAAACAGGGACCAAGAUCUCGCUUACGUCAUGAACAGGAGGGUAUCAAACAUGCCUUCCGAGGAUGCAGAAGAACCUCGCAGAACGAGGGCCGUGCCUGUGGAGUAUCAAUCGCCGGAAGCCACGUCAUCGGGUCGUGGAAAUUCUGAGGCGCAUCGCACCUCACCGCUUGCGUUUGGGGUGCAGCCCUCGUCAAGCACGUAUCAGGAGCAGCAAUUUUUUCAGCGUGGGUCUUGGCACUCGGAGGAUUCGCAGCGCCACCGCGAUCCGCUCUCCUCGCUGUCGAGCACAAAAUCCUCGGCUCCGCUGUCAGAGGUCAAUAUUGCGGGUGGUCCGGCAAGUCAGAAGGGGGCGGCCGUCCCGAGCGGACGGUACUCUGGGCAGCCACCCGCAGGGAGGGCUACGUAUCCAGAGCCCAGGGCGCAGCACCCCAUGUCAUCGGGAGUGUUGCCACCGCAAGUCAUGGACAGCUGGCCGUUUACUGCGAAAUACAAAUUUCCUGGCAUGGAGCACUUGGGAGCUGCACUGUCAAAUUCCACUUCCGGUUUUAAAGUCCACAUAUCUCAUGGGGAAAACAUUCAGAUUGGAAACAAUAAUGUGAUCAAUCUGAACUCUAAAAGCAAACCAAGGUAUCAGCCAUCGCAGCGCAGCUCCUCCAGCGAAUCACAACGCAGCGCUAAUCCAGACUGCAACCUCGAAUCCUUCAAAGUUGCAGGGAUGACUCGGAAGAUCAACGACAAUGACGUGGACAUCUUGAGGAGGAACCUGUCCAAAGACUGGAAGCACUGUGCUCGUCAGCUGGGCCUGGAUCAAGGCCAGAUCGCGGCCAUCUCCCACGACUUUGACCGCGACGGGCAGCAGGAGAUGAUCGUACAGAUGCUGAACUCAUGGCAGCGUCUAAAGGGCCGCCAGGCCACCGUGAAUAUCCUGGCACUGGCGCUGCACAAUUGCGGCCGUUACGACAUCUUACAGGAGUUAGAUGAAAAUUCUACAUAGCGAGCGUGGUCUUUGUGUGUGCAUGUUGCAUGUUGGGGCAACAGCCUGUGCGGCCUACACAGUGGUGGGGGGGGGGAUCUUUUUCCUUGUGGGAUGUAGGGGGCAGUGGUACUGUCUUUGUGUAUUGUCUUAUGAAUUGGUUACAGCAGGACAUGGAUAACAAUCAUUUAUACUUGGUAUCUGAACUUAUCUUGGGGUCUUCUCCAGGGCCACUGAGCCUUAAUGAAUACUUUGGUGCUGUGUUCAAACAUCAGAGACAAAGGUGGCUGUGCAUGGUCCUGGCCACACCACCCCUUAUUUACCGUACUGGCUUCAAUAUAUGCUCUCGCUAACGGCACUUGCCUUCAGCAUGCUAUCUUGGAUACACAGGGGGCCUUUUUUGUAGUUGGUGGUGCAAUUUUUCACGUACUUAUCUUCAAUUCCAGCAACCAAGGAUCGAUUUCCAGCCCAUGGUAUGAUAUCAGUUAUGCUUGAUAUCUUGAGCCAUCCUAUCUCUCUCCUAGUCAACGUUGCCAUGAAUGAGUACCUGGUGCGGUGUGUAAACACCGACAUUAGCGCGACCAAAUGUGGCUGGGCAUGGUACUGGCCACACCACCCAUUUGUUUGCGAUGCAGGUCCUUAAUAGUUGUUUCAACGUGAGUUCAACAGUCUAUAAAGCUCAGUUGGCAAAGUUUUGCGUGCAAAAUAGGGUUACAGUAAAACCUUGGAUUGCGAGUAAUUUGGUCUGCAAGUGUUUUGCAAGACGAGCAAAAAUUUUAAACAAAAAUUAAUUUGAUAAACGAGCCAGGUCUUGCAAUACGAGUAGUACGUAUACGCUUUGUCUGCCGAGCAUCACGUGAUCACAACUGGUAUACGAGUGCUUUGGAUUACAAACACGUUUCCGGAAUGAAUUAUGCUCGCAAUCCAAGGUUUUACUGUAUUUUGUUUUUAUAUGAAAGGGUUCUCUCUUGUUUAUUAAUGAAUGUUCGUGUACGUUUCUAUUGUGUGUUUAGAGUUGGCUGCAUAUCAUAGUGGCUUAAAGUCAGGGCUCCUAACUGACUUAGGAAGUUUGUUUUUUUCAGCAGAUCUUAUGUUUAUCCAUGUCCGGUCAGGCUUUGUUGCUCUUAAAAGGGUUAACGACGUUUACCCCUUUUACGUUUGAGGAGGGGCUGAAGUACAACCAGUGGUGGCUAGUGUCACCAGUGUGAAGAAACAACAAAGUCCACCUCAGGUGAUAUGUGCAGGUGGAUUGUUCAUUGAACAUGAUGUGCAGUGAUGGUGAUGAUAAUUGUUAAUGCUGGUAAUCGAUGAUGAUUGAUUCUGCACCGUGCCAGUCUCCCACCCCAUCAAACCAGUUUUCCUGGGACGCUGCAUUGUGACCUGGACUUGGUUGAGCAGAAGCUGAAUAAGCCACAUACAGGACUCAAUCCCAUGCAUGCACAUCGCAUCGUGACUGGAGAAUUUAAAGUGUAGUUUACUUUAAAUCUGGAGCCGCCACUAGAUACAGCUCAUCGGUAUAUCAGUAUACGCCAGAUAAUCAGAGUCUGACCAAAGAUCCCUGUGCCUUUGUGAUUCACUUAUUGGUUGCCUUUAUGCCAGGGCAUGAUAUAUGCAAUUGAAUCAUCGUGGAACAAAGUAACGUUCGAUACAAUUAUUUGGUUGUGGAAAACAAGCCUCAAAUUUUUAAAGGGUCUUCCAUCGUGUAGCAUUGUUUGAAUGUACAUUGCCAUUUGCUGCGGUAUAUAGAUUAACACCUACAUAAAAAAAGUAAAAUUAGACAUGUUAUAAAGAUUUUAAUAAUGAUGUAGCACUUUUAGUCAUACUUAUAUUUUAUAUUGGGAAAUACUGUAGGAAUUUCAGGUUAAAGCAUUUUAAAGUGCUAAUUGUUUAACCACAUUUACAUUAACUGGGGCAUUUUUUUUAGAAGUCCGAGUUCCUGCUUACAUGGGCAUUGAGGAUCUCAUCUACUGCUUACCUCACUGAGCGAGUGGUGCAAAUUCCAUAUUUCUAUGAAAGUGGCGAGUCUAUCAAUGGGACAGCCUUUGUUCACUUUCCCCGACACAAGCGGUGCUACUUUUUAUCAACCCUGAAAGAAUGAUGUGUCGAGUCAAUGCCCAACCAAGUUUUUAACCCAUUCCCAGUCACUUGCCCUGCCAUUGAGCCGCCUGGCUGGUAAUAGGCUGUGUUGGUCAAACGUUGCACUCACCACAGAGCCAAUUUGGACUCAUUUGAAUGUGCAGAUUGUGGUAAUUUCUUCAGGUCAUUGGAAAUUAAAUUGUAAUGUACAGAGGGCGGUCAGCAUCCGGCCACAGGCGAUAUGUGGCUAGUUAACACGUAGGCUUUCGCGCCCAAUAUCCAUAAGAGUUUUUUUAGAGUUAGAUCGCGUGAAUAUAAAUGUCGGUAAGUAUGUCCAAACGUCGUACUCGAAUUGUAAAUGUGGGUUUUACUCUCCAACAGCGGUGUGCUGUACUCAUACCGAAUUUGCACGUUUUAUUUACGUGACAAAACUUACUAAUUGGCUGUGACGGGUUGUGGUGACGGGUUUAAUGACACAUUUACACGAUCUAAAAAAAAAAAACCCUUAUGGAUAUGUGGCAAGGUCGCCGUGUCCCUGUUUAUUGAUCAAAUGUAGAUUUCUCGCAGCAAAAAUUGCUGAAUGUCAUUGGAGGCGUGGUGGUUCGUGCGCCUACAGUGGUGGUUCGCUGUGUGUGGCUUUUAUCUUACUCGUGAAAGUAUUCACUUGUAGAAGCCACAGAAGACUUGCUUCUUGUGAUUUAAAAAAAAUUCUAUCUGCUUUUCACAUUUUUAUACAGCCCAAACAAUGUGUUGAAUGAACUUAAACAUUUAUGCACCUUUACAUUUUUACUCUGGAUUUGUAUUAUUUUAUACUGGAGCAUGUAAUAUUAGCUAAUGGUGUAAAACACGUGUAUGCUUGAAGAAUUAUAAUAAUACACGCAAAAGGUGAUUUCUG